AUCAAUCUGUCAACUUGCGUGCAAGUUGCAUUUCGUCGUCGUAUUUAUUUACUGAAAAAUAAAGCAAAUCUAAUAAUCCAAUCUAAAGUUUUAUUCAUAAUAAGGUUUAACACACUAAAACAACAUGCAGGAAGAUUUGGAAGUCACUGGAAUUUCUCGCAGCGGUCGUGUCAGAAAGAAGAGUUCUAAAUUAAUGGACUUUGAGUCCCCUGAUGAUAUUGAGACGAGAUAUCGUCGUCAAACUCCUGUGAAGCCGUUUGUCGGGUUUAGGCAGGAAGAGACUGAAUUUCAGCAGCAAGAGAGUACCCCUUCGCGUCAGGUUGAGGAAGCAGGCACUGCUUCCGGCAGUGAAUCCGAUUAUUAUGAUAAUCCUGGAGAAAAUGCUGAUAGUGGUGAACCACAAAAUUGCAGCAUGGAGUCAGACAGCUCAGCAUCAGACGAGGGCUCCACGCGGACUCCCGCUAACUCCCUCUAUAUGAUGGAGAAGAGUAGCAAGAAGAAACUGAUAGUUAAAGAUGGGAGGGUGAUUGGUAGGGCUAAGGCUCAGAGGAAGGAUAAAGGCAAAACACGCAUAACAGCAUACAUGAUGUGGGCUAAGGAAGCACGUAACGAGUUGUUACGCAAACAUCCCGAUAUGGACUUCUCGGCUAUCUCCAAGCGUUUAGGCGAGAUGUGGUCUAAUGUAAACUACAACGAGCGGUAUCUAUGGAAGCGCAAAGCCAAACGGUUUGCCAUGCAGAAGGAGCAGAGCAACCAGCCUACUAACAAAAUUAUUAUUUCUAACCCAAGUCGCCCGCUGUCUUCAGCCGGUCCCGGUCGUCCGCGCGGAGCCGCGCGAGCUCCGCCCGCACCCGUCACGCCGCCCUCACAAGCUGUAGUGCCGGUAUCGACGCUGUGCAGCGCGGGCAUGUACCGCGUGACGGGCUGCGGCGCUGUGGACGUGGCGGCGCAUCUCCGACUGCUGGGCGAGAGUCUCGCUAUCAUCGGCGAGAGGCUCAAGGAGCAUGAGGGCCAAAUAGCAGUAUCAGGUUCCGUAUCAGUGCUGUUAGACACUCUGCUGUGCUCGCUAGCGCCGCUGCUGAGCGUGUGCCGCGCGCUGCCCGCCAUCGCGCCGCCCGCGCCCGUACUGCAGGACACGCUGCACAACAUCGCCUAUAUCAUGCCGGGGCUAUAGACAACAUCUGCUGAACACACACUCAGCAAGGAAAACACGCUGUAUAAUAUCGCUUAUCAUGCCUGGAUUGUAGACACAAAAAAAAUAAUGAUCGGAGAUAUCAAGGCCUCACUCACUUAUAAAAAACAGGUUGUUUAACUUACCUGUUUCUUUAUAAGUGAGUGAAUAGGAUUGUAUUGAAAUAUUAUACCUGCACUGAUCGGUACCUACCCGUACAGGUUUAUCUGUACCGGAAACCUGUUUCUUUAUGUAAGCACCCUAACUAAGGGGUAUUGGGUUGCCCGGGUAACUGGGUUGAGGAGGUCAGAUAGGGCAGUCGCUUCUUGUAAAGCACUGGUACUCAGCUGAAGCCGGUUAGACUGGAAGCCGACCCCAACAUGAUUGGGAAAAGGCUCGGAGGAUGAUGAUUUAUAUGACGUCACAAUCUUCAAUUUCAAAAUAAUUUCAAACAAAUAUUACAAUUAUGUAUGCUAAUGAAUUUUAAGCAAAAAGUGUGAAUAAAAUUGAUUAAUGAAUGAAUUUUUGUUUUUUAUUUAUGUAAUUUAGAACAAACUACUAUAUUAACAAAAUGGGUAAGACACUGGUACUCAGCUGCAUCCGGUUAGACUGCAUAUAGCAAUUUUGCUUUGGGAUCUCGGAACGUUAGCACAAAAUAAAUAUAGUUAGUUACAAAGUGUGUGCUAGGUAUGAAUGUAAAUGGAUGGAGAGGAAGACCUAAGAAAAGAUGGAUGGAUUGCCUGAAAGAUGACAUGAAUAGGAAGGGAGUGAGUGUCAGUAUGACGAGUGACAGGGGAAAAUGGAAGAGGAUGACAUAUUGCGCCGUCCCCAGAUAAAAUUUUGAACAGGGCAGGAGGAAGAAGAAAUAUUAGUUAAAAAUUAAAACGACAACAAAUUAGAAACAGGAUUUCUUCAAUGUCCUUUUAUUUUUACUCAUACAAGUACACAGUCAUUAACAGAUUACAUAAUAUACAAGAAGUUUAACUUAACCUAAGGCCCAAAUUUCACCAAAGCGGAGAAGAUUUUACACAACCAAUAGAAUU